AUGGCUCACAAAGUGGUAUCCGUUCUCGUUCUCUGCGUGCUUGCUAGCGCGACCAUCACUCACGGUGCUCGGCCAAUCACCCCCUCGACUCUUAGCGCAGAAACCGCAUCGCAGAGCCAAUCGCCCUUCUCCGCGUCGAGCCUCUUCCGCAUGGCCAUGUCCGCCUGGAACGACGGCGCUCAAGGCGCCAUCCUUCCCUCCGCUUCCGAAUCCGACGACUCCCAAGCUCUCGAGCCAACGAGCUCCACUGUCGUCGUUGCGCCCGAAGUCGCUCCGUUCGAGGAGGACGUGGAUCCCGCUGACGUGGCGGUGUCGCUCCCCGGAUCCGACAAUCUGAUCAUCUCCCGCGUGCACGUCAAGCCGGCGAAAAUCGCCGAACCGGCUGACGACACUGACGACAAUGGCGACAACAUGAUCGUCGAAGACGACGAUAACGAAGACAACAGUGACGACAACGAUGACGACGACGUCUUUUCGCGACUGAUCGCCAACGAAGAGAACGAGGAGGCCAGUCUCACGUCCGUCUCCCUGCCUGGUUCUGACAACGUCAUCGCCGCGAUCCACAAGCCCCGAAGCCACGUGGCUUCCAAGCCCAGGAGCAGCUUCAGCGUGUCGCUCCCGGGUUCCGACAAUGAGAUCGUCGCAUUCGGCGUUCCUGCGACGCUGGCGACUCGCAGCGUCGUCGUCGCAACGGACGUAGACGCGCUCCAGGCGGAGGCGACGAAGGAGGAGAGCGUCGUCGUCGCGAACGACGAAAAGGUGACCAAGGCCCAGGACGAUUCCACCUUCCACGUGUCGCUUCCUGGUUCGGACAACGAGAUUUGGGCCCGCAACGUGCCCCACAGGAAGAGCAACGUAGUGGCGAUUACCGACGAGUCGGAUCGCGAUUCAACCACCACCACCGCUACAGCCACUGCCACCACUGCUACCGCCUCGCUAUCCCCCAAGUCUGCUUCUGCUUCCUCUGCUGACGACAGCACUGCAUCCGUGUCGCUGCCCGGUUCCGACAAUGUGAUUCAGGCCUUCAACAUCCGUGGAAAUAAGAAAAAGGUCACCUCAUUUCAGAUGUCGCUUCCGGGUUCCGAUAAUGUUAUUACCGCGUAUGGCGUGCCCGAGAUGAAGGGGCUGACCGUUGUCGCCACGGAGGCCCCGGAAGUCGCAAAGCCUGCUGCUACAGAAACAAUGGCAACUGUUAACGAGGUCGCAGAGGUGAAUGCGACUACGGACGAUUUCUUCACGGUGUCGCUCCCUGGGUCCGACAACGUAAUCGCUGCACUGCACGUUCCCCAUAAGCGCAAAUUCGUUGUUGCGCAAGCGUAG